UCUCUCUCGCUCAUCUCUUUGCAUUCCCGGGUUGGUUUCUUCCUUUCUGAGGAAACGAAAAACCAGAGAUAAAAAAAAAGAGGAAAUAUCGAAGUGGAAGGAGAGCUAUAUAAAGAGAUAGGGGAUGGCGAUGAGAAACUCUGAUCUGUCGAUGCCGACUUUCGGAUCUUUGCUAUAGAAGAACAGAGGGCAUUACCUCGUCCUCACAUAGGGAAACAGACAUCGGAUCGCCCGUUGAGCUUCCAUCAAUCUAUUUACUUCAAUCGAUUUUCCCGUCUUAUUCAGAUUCAACUUCAUCUCUGUUCGAUCUGAUAAAGAUCCGAGCUUUCUUUAUUGAUUUGCAAGGAACUUCUCCGCUCUUCUGCAAUAAGCUUACUUAUUUGUGAAGGGAGGAGAAUGGAGUCUGAUCGAGGGAAGCUUUUUAUUGGGGGAAUUUCGUGGGACACCAAUGAGGAUCGCCUCAGGGGAUACUUUAAGAACUUUGGGGAAGUUGUGGAGGCUGUCAUCAUGAAGGACAGGACAACCGGCCGCGCACGAGGAUUUGGUUUCGUGGUCUUUGCAGACCCUGCAGUUGCAGAUAGAGUAGUUAUGGAGAAACAUCAGAUUGAUGGCAGGAUGGUUGAGGCCAAGAAGGCUGUUCCAAGGGAUGAUCAGCAUAUGGUUAAUAGAAACACCAGCAGCAUCCAAGGUUCUCCAGGUCCUGGUCGAACCAAAAAGAUCUUUGUUGGAGGCCUUGCUUCCAGUGUGACGGAUACUGACUUCAAAAAGUAUUUUGAACAGUUUGGAACCAUCACAGAUGUUAUUGUAAUGUAUGAUCACAACACUCAGAGGCCAAGAGGGUUUGGUUUCAUAACGUUUGAUUCAGAGGAUGCUGUGGAUAAGGUGUUGCAUAAAACCUUUCAUGAGCUCAAUGGCAAGUUGGUGGAAGUCAAGAGAGCUGUUCCGAAAGAGCUUUCUCCGGGACCUAAUAUGCGUUUACCAAUAGGGGAAUUUAAUCAUGGUGUUAAUAGAAUUAAUAACUUUAUUAAUGGAUAUAAUCAGGGGUACAGUCCAAGCACAAUGGGUAGCUAUGGAAUUAGAAUGGAUGGUAGAUUUGGUUCUUUACCUGGUGGAAGGAAGACUGCUCCUUCUUUGGGUCCUGGUUAUGGAAUUGGAAUGAAUUUUGAGCCUGGGAUGAGCCCAAUUUAUGGCGGAAGCUCAAAUGUCAACAACAAUGUUGGUUAUGGACGGUCGUUGAGUCAUCUUUAUGGUGGAAAUUCGAACAUAUUUGGUAAUCCUGUUGGGUAUCGUGGAAGUGGUGGCAAUCCUGGCUCAACAUUUAGCCCAACUGCUCAUAAUCUUUGGGAAAAUGGCGACCUAAACUAUGGCACCAAUCCUGCUGGUUCAAAUUCCUAUAUGAAUUCAGGAAGUAGGAGCAUUGCUGGAUUUGGCAAUGGUGGCUUAAGUUGGAGUGGCCUAUCUUCUCCUCUUGCAUCUCAUGGUUUGGGAAGCGAUUCAAUCCUUACAUCUGGGAGUUUGAACUAUGCAGCAGGGAAGAAUAAUUUUAGUUUGGUUGGUGGAAGUUAUGGAAGAGGCAAUGCAACUGGCUCUAUCAAUUCUUCAUUUGUUGCACCAAGCAAUAGCUUUGAAGGAAAUUAUACUGAUUCAUAUGGCGGUGGUUCAAUUCAUGGCGACCCUAAUCGGCAGAUAGCACCUAAACUUGAUGGUUUUAGUCCAUUUGGUUAUGGGCUUGGUGCGGCAACUUCAAAUGUCGCAUCAAAUGGUGGUUCAAUUGGUUAUAUGAGUGGUUAUAAUAUAUCAAAUAGGUAGAUGAAUCAAGGUGUUGCUGCCUAGGAAGGUUUCAUUCUUUUGUGUCAGGUCUUAUUAUAGGUGAAGAAAGCAGUAAUAGCAGGUUCAAGACUGAAUUUGGAAUAUUUCAUUGGAUGUAUAAUGUUGGUUAGUUAAUUAUUUAGGGCUAACCAGGGAGCUUGUUUCAUAAAAUUCAUUUUCAAGAUUCUCAAAUUUAUAGGUUUUUCUGUAAGGGUUGAGUUCUGUGUUUCUUUUUCUACAAUUUGAGUUUAGGGUUUCCUUUCUUUUGGGGUUCUUUUCGAGGCGUAAGACCGAACUGCGGAAUUUAUUCAGAAGAAAAGUUUCAAUUCAUGUAAGUGAUUUAGUGUGGUAGACAUUUUUUUUUCCUUUCAAUAAAUGAAGACUUCUAUAGUUUUGUGGCAA